CAAAAUCAACUUUCCAAAAAAGAUAUAAUUAUUUCUAAAUUACAAAUUAACACAAGUACAAUGACCGAAAAAUUGAAAAUUGAAACUGAAAAAAUUAUGAAAAUAUUUGAAAAGAAAUUGGAUAGUUCUAAUCUAUUAUUAAAAGAUUUGAAAAAUGAGUGUUUAAAGUUAAAAGCUGAAAUGGAAGAUAAAAUUAAUUUUUAUGAAAACAAGAUUGAAAUGAAAGAAAAAGCCAUAGAAACCUUAAAAGAAACAAUAGACAACGAAAAAUUAGGCGCAUUUGAAAGUUUUGAAUCUCAUUUAAAAACUCAAAACGAGUUAGUAAAGCUAUCUAAAGAGGAAUACAAUAGAUUCAAAAGCGAAGCUGAUAAUAAGAUCAAAAGUUUGGAAGAAAUUAUUAGUUCCAGAAACUCAGAAAUUAAUCAAGUUAAACUUCAAUUGAAUGAAGAGACACAAAAGUUGAAAAAACUUGAGGAAAGCUUGUACUCAAAAAUUAAUCUUAUUAACAAUAUUAAGAAAGAAAAUUCUGACUUGAAUUCUAAAAUUAGUCAUUUAAAAACUGACAUGCUUGAACAAGAAAGGAUUGUAAAUAAGUUAAAAAAUGAAAAUAAAAAUAAAAACCGAAAUGAGAAUGUUUUUAUAGAAGAAGCAAAGUCUGCUAUUAGAAAGUUACUAGAGGAGUUUAAAAAAGAAAACAUUAUCGUAGAAAGCAAAUCUAAAAAAACAAUUGUUGAAUUGGAAGAUAAAAUAAAAAUGAGCAAUUUAAAGCUGAUUAAAUUUGAGAGUGUAUAUUUUUUAGAGAGAGAAAAAUGUCAAACUUUGCAAAAUAAAGUGGAAGAAACAAAAAAAAUAUUAAUAAAUGAAAGGGAAAUUUGGAAAAAACUAUCUCAGGAAAAUAAUUUGCUAAAUAAAAUUAAAGUUAAAUUGAGUAAUGACAUUGAAGAUUUAAAUAAAAAAAAUAAAAACUAUGAACAUACUAUUAAGAACCUUCAGGAAAAAGUUAAAGAUCUUGGAAUCUUUCAAGAAUCUUCUAUAAUAUGUGACGAUAGUGAGACCCCAAAACCAAAAUUGGUCAUAGCAAAUACCCAGAGGGUAUUUUCUCCAAAAAAAACAACUGGAAAUAAAAGAAGAUUUUUAAUUGAACCAGAAGAGUUUUGCGAAGAAAUUGUGUCCUUUGAAUCCAAAAAAAGACAGACCACAAUUCAGAAGCUUCUUAUUGAGGAUGAGAAAUAUUCUGUUGACAAUUUGGAUGAUUCUUGCAUUGAUUCAAAAGCACUCAUAAUAAAACCAUCUACAAAAAGAUAUAUUAAAAAAAGAAAUAGAACUUUGAAGUGAAAAAAACAAAAAACAUGUUAAAAGUUUUAAAUUAUUUUGCCGAUAAAAAUUUUUGAAAACAAUUGAAAUCCAAAAUAAUCUGUUACUGGUACUAGGCUUUUUCUUGUUAGUUUUUUUAUAGAAAUUAAAUGGCUAAUGUCAUAUAUAUUUAAAAUCACAUAAAGGAAACCAAGUAAAUUUUUUAUUUGACGGAUAUUAUAAAUUAAUUU